AAAAAUCAAUUUGAUUGGCCACAGGAAACGUAUUUUGGCAUCUCUGGGAGACAGGCUGCACGACGAUCCACCACAGAAGCCCCCUCGGUCCAUCACCCUCAGGGAUCCCAGUGGUAAUCACACUCCUCCUCAGUUGUCUCCAUCACUUAGCCAAAGCACUUACACCACUGGUGGCUCCCUAGACGUUCCUCACAUUAUCAUGCAGGGCGAUGCAAGGAGGAGAAGAAAUGAAAACUACUUUGAUGAUAUUCCCCGAUCAAAACUGGAGAGGCAGAUGGCCCAGACAGGAGACUGGGGAGAACCUUCCAUUACCUUGCGACCUCCAAAUGAAGCCACAGCCUCCACUCCAGUACAGUACUGGCAACACCACCCAGAAAAGCUCAUCUUCCAAUCGUGUGAUUACAAAGCUUUUUAUUUAGGUUCUAUGCUGAUAAAAGAGCUCAGAGGGACAGAAUCAACCCAAGAUGCCUGUGCAAAAAUGAGGGCUAACUGUCAGAAGUCUACAGAGCAAAUGAAGAAGGUCCCCACUAUUAUUCUUUCAGUCUCUUAUAAAGGAGUCAAAUUCAUUGAUGCAACAAAUAAGAACAUAAUUGCCGAGCAUGAAAUUCGUAAUAUCUCCUGUGCUGCCCAGGACCCAGAAGACCUCUCAACAUUUGCUUAUAUCACAAAAGAUUUGAAGUCCAAUCACCACUACUGUCAUGUGUUUACUGCCUUCGAUGUGAAUUUAGCCUACGAAAUCAUCCUAACACUGGGACAGGCAUUUGAAGUCGCCUACCAGCUUGCACUACAAGCAAGAAAAGGGGGGCAUUCCUCUACACUUCCAGAAAGCUUUGAAAACAAACCCUCCAAACCCAUCCCCAAGCCCCGUGUCAGCAUUCGCAAAUCAGUGCAGAUCGACCCCUCUGAACAAAAGACUCUGGCCAAUCUGCCGUGGAUUGUGGAGCCAGGACAAGAAGCCAAGAGAGGAAUUAAUACCAAGUAUGAAACCACAAUUUUCUGAUACUCACCAUCCU